AUGGCGUUCAAUCUGCCCGGAGCCUGCUUGAUUACGGGAGCAGCCUCAGGAAUCGGCAGGGGCACCGCAAUGGCCAUUGCACAAGAAGGCUGCUCCAGGAUUUUUCUUGUAGAUGUCGACUUUGACGGCCUCCAGAAGACUAAACAGCAAAUCCAAGAGGCCAUUGAAAACGCCAGAGUGGAAAUUCUGAAGGUUGAUAUUUCCAAUGAGCGAUCUGUUCAAGAAAUGGUUGACAAAUGCGUGUCCAUAUUCGGGCGUAUCGACUAUGCCCUCAACAUUGCAGGCGUUGUUCCACAGAGAACGCCCAUUGCAGACGUUACUGUCGAGACAUAUGACAAAGUUGUGAACAUCAACCAUCACGGGACUUGGCUAUGUCACCGAGCAGAGAUCAUUCAAAUGAUGAAGCAAGAACCUCUAGAAGGGCACGGGAACACACGAGGGAGCAUCGUGUCCGUCUCCUCGCUCGCAGGUAUCAAUGCCUCAAGUGGGAUGUCGGUGUACUGCGCAUCAAAACACUCAGUCAUUGGGUUUGCCAAAGUCGAUGCACAAGAUUAUGGUCCGCAUGGCAUUAGAGUGAAUGUGAUAUGUCCUGGAAUGAUUGAUACAGAUCUAUUUCGAGCCACGAGUCCGCCCGACGCACCUGCUGCGUUGACAGCCAUAACUCCAGUCCGACGCCUGGGGAAUCCGUCCGAUGUGGCUUGGCUAGCUGCGUUCUUAUGCAGUGUAAAGUCGAGUUUCAUCCAUGGAGCGGUGAUACCAUGUGACGGAGGCCUGGCUUUACAGAGAGGUGUUAUUUAG